AUGGUGGACUUGCCUUACCACUCUAUAUAUGGUAAUUGCCGAAAUAUAACCGAAUUCGAUAAAUUAAACCGAAUUGGUGAAGGUAGCUACGGAGUUGUCUAUCGAGCUCGUGACUUAGAUUCUAAAGAGAUUGUGGCGAUAAAAAAGAUUCGAAUGGAAAAUGAGAGGGAUGGAAUUCCAGUUAGCAGUCUUAGAGAAAUUACGCUCCUUGUCAACUUAAAGCAUAUCAACAUUGUAAAUUUAAAAGAUGUUGUUGUGGGAAAACAAUUAGAUAGUAUUUUUUUAGUUAUGGAGUACUGCGAACAGGAUCUGAGUAGUUUGUUGUACGAUAACAUGAAAGCUCCUUUCACUGAACCACAGGUCAAAUGCUUAUCGCUACAAUUAAUUCAUGGAGUACAAUAUCUGCAUCAUAAUUUUGUCAUACAUAGAGAUUUAAAGGUUUCAAAUCUAUUAUUGACCGAUAAAGGCAUUCUUAAGGUUGCUGAUUUUGGACUGGCCAGAAAUUAUGGUCUUCCUGCUGCUCCAAUGACACCCACUAUUGUAUCUCUAUGGUAUCGUGCUCCUGAAGUAUUGUUAGGGUGUACCAAACAUACCCUAGCAGUUGAUAUGUGGUCGGUUGGAUGCAUUAUAGCGGAAUUAUUUGAUCAUAAUGUAUUUUUAAAAGGUAAAUCAGAAAAAGAUCAGUUAGAUCUGAUGUGUCAAAUGCUUGGAACUCCGAAUGAGGCUAUUUGGGAAGAUAUUCGUGACAUGCCUCUAUAUGGAAAGAUUAUCUUAAGGCAGCAACCAUAUAAUAAUUUAAAGCACAAAUUCUCUUGGUUGUCAGCUGCUGGCCUAAACUUGCUUAAUAGUUUGUUAACGUAUGAUCCAGGUCGACGAAUAACAGCUGAUGAAACUUUAAAGCUUUCGUACUUUCGGGAGUCUCCAUUACCUAUAGAACCAGAGAUGAUGCCAACUUUCCCUCAACGUCGCAACCGAUCAUCGAAAGAGUAG